AUGAAGGGUUUACAGUGGAAUAAAUCUCAAUCGACGUUGAAGAUGGUGGAGGCACCAGUACCGGAGGUGAAGCCUGAGACUGUCCUGUUAAAAGUUUCCCAUUGUGGAGUUUGUGGAACUGAUCUUCAUAUCAUGCAGCAUGAGUUCCGCUCAGGACAACUUGUUAUCCUUGGUCAUGAAUUCUCGGGAACUAUCGUCAAGGUUGGAACUGGCGUUAACAAUGUCGCAGUUGGAGACAAGGUCGUGGUGGAACCGAACUCAAUGUGUGAUACGUGUAGAUUCUGUCGAAGAGGAAGACCUAAUUGCUGUCAGAAAUGCUUACCCGAGGCUAUUGGCUGCAUGAAAGAUGGUGGAAUGGCGGAAUUUUGUCUCAUACCAGCUAAAUAUGUCGUCAAGUUUCCAGAAGCGUUACCUAUGGACAAGGCAGCCUUAGUGGAACCGAUGGCGUGUGUGAUCCAUGGAUACGAAAUUCUGGGGCAGAUUCCAGAUGGAACUAGAAUGCUUGUAAUGGGGUCUGGAAUCAUCGGACUGCUUUGGAUUCACAUGCUGCAUUACAGAGGAUUCCGUGACGUCACGGUUGUUGAGGUAUCGGAAGGCAGACGUCAGAUUGUAUCAAAUUCUGGUCUGGGAUACCGAGUUUUACACCCAAACGAUCUUCAAGUAGAGUUCAAGAACGCCAAUAUGGGAGAAGAUGGAUUUGAUAUAGUGGUGGACUGUACGGGCAACCCUCGAGCUUUGGAAAUGGCGUAUGGUCUUCUCUGCUCCGGUGCAACUCUUCUGGUUUUUGGCUGCCCUCCUUCUAAAUCCAAGCUGACGAUUGACCCGUCUUUGAUUCAGACACGAGAGUUGAAAAUACUAGGGGUCAAUGUAAGUCCUUACUGUUUCAUCAAAGCUGUAAGUUUGGUUAACGACAUGGCGGUCAAAUAUUUGAAUUUUGAUAAAUUGGGCAUAAAGAAAUACUCUCUUGAGCAAUACGAAACGGCUUUGACAGAGCUGAAAGCGGGAAAUAUUUCAAAAGCAAUGUUUUGUAUUGACAAUUGAAGGUUUUUUUUCGUUUCCGGAUAAUCUGGACAUUAAAAUUUGAAUUAUUGUAAUGGAUAAAUACACUU